AUGCGGCUCUCCGGCUCUCCUCUCAGACUCCUCUGCUCUCUGCUCCUCAUGCAGCUCUGCAGCGCUCCGGAUCACCCGGGAGUCUGUCCCAAUCACAUCAACCUCAACCUGUGGGUGGAUGCGCAGAGCACCUGCGAGAGGGAAUGCCAGGCUGACCAGGACUGCGCUGCCUUCGAGAAGUGCUGCACUAACGUGUGCGGUCUGCUGAGCUGUGUUGCUUCACGGUUCUCGGAUGGCUCAGAGGACGGUCAGUCGGGAGCGGGCGGCGAGGCCAGCUGUGCCGGGUUCGAGUGCGACCAGCAGGGGGCGGUGUGUGAGCUGUGGGAGGGCCAGCCGGUGUGUAAAUGCCAGGACCGCUGCGAGAGCGAGCCCAGCUUCACCUGCGCCUCCGAUGGCCUCACCUACUUCAACCGCUGCUACAUGGACGCCGAGGCCUGCGUUCAGGGCGUCUCGUUGACCGAGGUCACCUGCCGUUUUCACCUGGCUGGCCCACAGGCCAGCCCCCUUCCGCAGGACACCACGGCUCCGCCCACGACCGGCGGCUCCGAGCCCUUCCCGCCGGUGCUCCUGUCCAACCCGCAGCAGCAGGUGGUGUAUCCCGGCGGCACAGCCAGCUUCCACUGCGACGCCAUCGGACAGCCGAGGCCCGACAUCACCUGGGAGAAGCAAUCAGAGCGAGGAGAGCGUGUCCUCAUGCGACCGGACCAGAUGUACGGGAGCGUGGUGGUGACCAACAUCGGCCAGCUGGUGGUGUACAACGCCCAGGUGUGGGACGCGGGGAUCUACACCUGCGUGGCGCGGAGCUCGGCCGGAGCGCUGAGAGCCGACUACCCGCUUUCUGUGGUGCGUCGUGCCACCGAUGACCCCUUCGACGACCCCGAGGCAGGUCUGCCGCUGGGGCAGCCGUUCUCUCCGGCUGAUUGCUGGGCCGCCGUGGAGCGAGGCGAGUGCGGAGAGCAGCACGUGGACUGGUUCUAUGACUCGGCCCGGGGUGAGUGCCGGGCGUUUGCACACGGAGGUUGCGAGGAUGGCCGAAACCGCUUUGAGACGUACGAGGAGUGCCGGGCGUCAUGCCAGCGGCAGGGUCAGGGCGUGUGCUCGCUGCCGCCCGUGCAGGGCCCCUGUAGGCACUGGGAAGCUCGCUGGGCUUAUAACACCCUCGCCCGGCAGUGCCUAGCCUUCGUCUACGGCGGCUGCGAUGGCAAUGAGAACAACUUCCGCUCGCGCAGAGACUGUGAAGCCAGCUGCCCGCAGCCCAAGCGGCGUCUGUGCAAGCCCUGUCGGCCGCGAGGGAAGCUGCUGACCAGCUUGUGCCGCAGCGACUUUGCCAUCGUGGGGCGGCUCACUGAACUCAUCGAGGAGCUGGACUCGGGAAUCGCACGGUUCCAGCUGGAGCGGGUGCUGCGCGACGAGAAGAUGGGCCUGCGACUCUUCCAGACCCAGCACCUGGAGGUGAUGCUGGCCCACAUGGACUGGAGCUGCCCGUGCCCCAACAUCACACAGCACCUCCAGCUCCCCCUGCUGGUGAUGGGCGAGGUGCAGGACGGCACGGCCCUGAUCCUGCCCCACAGCUACAUCAGACCCGUUUCUGACCGACGCCUCAGGAAGAUCCACGAGCUUCUGCGCAAGAAGACUUGUGAGAUGCUGCAGAGGUUCCAGGAUUGA